GAGCGGAGAGAUUCUAGUGUUGUUAACGAUAUGGUCUGCUGAGUUAAACAAACAAACAAAGAUAGUCCCCUGUUGUGAUCUCUCUGUACACCCCCGAUGGACGCUUACUCCUCCUUCUCUUCAUCGGCGGCGAUGGCCCAGCAAACGUGGGAGCUGGAGAACAACAUCGUCACAAUGGAGACGCCGCCCCCGUCGGACUCCGACGCCAUCUUCUACUACGACGAGGCGGCUCAGGCCAAGUUCCAGCAGGAGAAACCCUGGGUUAACGACCCCCACUAUUUCAAAAGGGUCAAGAUCUCAGCCCUAGCACUCCUCAAGAUGGUCGUGCACGCUCGCUCUGGUGGCACCAUCGAGGUCAUGGGCCUCAUGCAGGGAAAGACCGACCGCGACGCCAUCAUCGUAAUGGACGCGUUCGCGUUGCCCGUUGAAGGGACCGAAACUAGGGUUAAUGCUCAGGCCGAUGCGUACGAGUACAUGGUCGAUUACUCGCAGACCAACAAGCAGGCGGGAAGAUUGGAAAAUGUUGUUGGGUGGUACCAUUCUCAUCCUGGUUAUGGAUGCUGGCUUUCUGGCAUUGAUGUUUCAACUCAAAUGCUCAAUCAACAAUUUCAGGAGCCAUUUUUGGCAGUGGUUAUUGAUCCAACAAGAACUGUUUCUGCUGGAAAAGUUGAGAUUGGGGCGUUCAGGACAUACCCAGAAGGAUAUAAGCCUCCAGAUGAUCCUGUCUCUGAGUAUCAGACCAUCCCAUUGAACAAGAUUGAAGAUUUUGGUGUGCAUUGUAAACAGUAUUAUUCAUUGGACAUCACAUAUUUCAAGUCAUCUCUUGAUUGCCACCUCUUGGAUCUACUAUGGAAUAAGUAUUGGGUGAAUACCCUUUCUUCUUCUCCUUUACUUGGUAAUGGAGACUAUGUUGCUGGACAAAUUUCAGAUCUGGCUGAAAAGCUGGAGCAAGCUGAAAAUCAAUUGGCUCAUUCACGCCUUGGUCCCUUAAUUGCACCCUCUCAAAGAAAGAAAGAGGAUGAAUCUCAACUUGCUAAGAUCACUCGUGAUAGUGCAAAGAUAACGGUUGAGCAGGUUCAUGGUUUGAUGUCCCAGGUUAUAAAGGACAUUCUUUUCAACUCUGUCCGUCAGUCCAGCAGCAGGUCUAAGACAGAAUCAUCUGGUCCUGAACCCAUGAUUGAAACAUGAUGAUUGCCUCAUAGCAUUGAGGGAUUAUAAAUGCCUUACCUACCUCAUGUUAGUUAAAUUUUCUCUAAGCUAAAGGAUUAUUGAAGUUUUGUUUAUCUUUAUGAUAAUGUAAAUCUUUUGGUUGAUCGUUGUUGACUUAUCAUGGAGUUUUAGAUAUGGUUUUGGUAUUAAUACAACAAUUCAAACUUGUUCACAA